AAAAUACAGGUAUCGUACCGACCGUUCGAGAAAAGAGCCCUCGGAAACCGAUCAAAAGGAAACAAAAACAAAAAUAGAGGAGGACGCUUCCCACACCCGCCACAAGAAAAAAUCAAAGGGUAAAGUACCAGCUCCAGGCACUACGCACCAAGGCAUGGGAGUAACGGAGCAAACAGGAGAAAGAGGCGACAGAUGGGCAGAUAGCCAGACGUACAAAAACAGAUGCAACAGUAAAAGCGAGAUCAAGGUACCCAACACAACAGAGAAGGCAGGGGGGUGUCAUUAAACAAAGAAACACAGCACAGAGACCGAAGGCAAUAAUACAAAGGACAUACAUAAAGGAGGAUGGCAUACAGCAGGGAGGGAAACAGGGCGCAACAACAUCAGCCGGGUACAUAGUUCGCCACAAGUGCUGCCUCGGCCGCCCUACUCGCUUCUACAG